UUCGAAAUAGCUCCGCCGCCUCGUCCCUUUCUGCCUCCCCCCUUCCUUCUCCGAGCUUAUCGGGCUUCUCGCUCAGAUCCGAGCACACGGCCGCGAGAAAUCGAAGUAAUCCCUGGCGUGUGGGAUUGCUCCGAGCGAGCUCGCCGUUUAGCCUCGAUCCAGAUUGCGCGGUUUUGUCGGCGGCGCUUCCAAGCCACGCCGUCCCACGAGAGAUUGAUUCUUCUGCCUUCGAGUUCACUCCACCCCGUCCCAAGAAAGCUCCCCUUUCCCCCUCACCACCAACCACCACCACCACCACCGCUGAGGAGAGAUCGACCGAACACUGACUGACUGACUGACUGACUGACUAUUAGCCCCCUAAUCCCCCACUAGUAAUAAUCCCCCCACCCUCCGCCCAUGGCGUCUUCCCUCACGCCGCGCAGCCCUUACCCGAAGGAGAACUUGGGGAACGUGCGGCGGGGGAUGGGGUUCAAGGUGGCGCCGCGCCGCAACGUGCUGUCGGCAAUCAACAACGACGGGGUGAACGGCGAGCCGGCAAUGGCGCCGUCGGAAGGUGGCAGCGUCGGGGAGGUGCCGACCGCGCCUGCGGUUGAGUUCAGCGGCAGGGAGGAUGUGGAGCGGCUUCUUAAUGAAAAGAUGAAGGGGAAGUCCAAGAACGACUACAAGGGGAGAACGGAGCAGAUGAGUGAGUACAUCAAGAGGCUGAGAGCCUGCAUCCGGUGGUACGUGGAGCUGGAGGACGGCUACUUGGCCGAGCAGGAGAAGCUAAGGGGGUCGAUUGAUGCAGAGAAUACAAGGCAUGCAGAGUUCGAAAUGCAGCUCAGUUCUGCGAUUGAAGAGCUGAAUGCUACAAACUCAGACAUGAUAAGACGGUGUGCCUCGCUGGAGGAGAGCUUGGACAAAGAGAUGGCCGACAAGUUGAUUGCUGUAGAGUCUUAUGAGAAGGAAAGACAUGAAAGGGAAUCAGCUGAGGCUUCACGGGAUGUACUGACGGUUGACCUCGAAAGAGUCACUCAUGAGGCUAAACGGUUUAGUGAGCAGUUAAAAAUGGUCCAAGACACGAACAAAAGGCUUCUAGAAUACAACACUAGCUUGCAGCAAUACAACAGCAAUCUUCAAGCUGAUACCACAAAGAAUGGCGAGAUUAUUUCAAAACUGCAAAAAGAGAAGAGUGCAAUGAUGGAAGCCAUGACUAAUCUAAAAGAAACUAACAACUCAAUGAAGAACCAGUUGGAUUCUUCAAUGACUUCUCAGAAAGAAGCAAUUAGAGUGAAAGAGGAUCUUAGAAAAGAAGUUGAGUGUCUCAGGACUGAGUUGCAGCAAGUUAGAGAUGACCGUGAUCAAUCAGUUGCUCAACUAAAUAGCUUGAGUGCAGAACUUGCUAUUUACAGCGAACAGGCUGGAAAGUCUUCAAAAGAAUGUGAAGUUUUGCGCGUUAAAGUGCUAGCCUUUGAGGAAACAUGCAAUUCACAGCAAGAACAGAUUCAGACAUUGCAGAAGCAGCUUGCAGUUGCAACUGAGAAGCUGAAGCAUGCUGAUGUGACUGCAAUUGAGGCGAUGACAGGAUAUGAAGCACAGAAGGAGAAAAUAAAAGAUCUUGAAGAGCGUUUGGCGUAUGCAGAGUUCAAAAUUAUUGAAGCCGACAAGCUACGAAAGAAACUUCACAAUACCAUUCUGGAACUAAAAGGGAAUAUCAGAGUAUUUUGUAGGGUUCGGCCACUUCUGUCUGAUGGUGAUUCUAAUAGUCAGGACGAAGCCAUGAUUUCGUAUCCAACAUCAGUGGAAAAUGCUGGACGUGGUAUUGAUUUAAUGAACCAAGGUCAGAAAGUUUCUUUCUCAUAUGACAAGGUUUUCAAUCAUGGUGCUUCGCAAGAAGACGUGUUUGUGGAAAUGUCACAGCUAGUUCAAAGUGCACUUGAUGGAUAUAAGGUAUGCAUAUUUGCAUAUGGGCAAACUGGGUCUGGUAAAACUUAUACAAUGAUGGGUAAACCAGGCCGUGAUCAGAAAGGCAUUAUACCUCGUUCUUUGGAGCAAAUUUUCAAGACUAGCCAAUCUCUAGAAUCUCAAGGAUGGAAAUAUUGUAUGCAGGCAUCAAUGUUAGAAAUAUAUAAUGAGACAAUCCGUGACUUGUUAGCACCAGGCCGCUCCAACAAUGUGGAGAUGUCUGCAAGCAAACAAUAUACAAUAAAGCACGAUGCACAUGGAAACACAACAGUCUCCGAACUUACAAUUGCUGAUGUUUUCAGUACUGCUGAUGUGACGUCUCUUCUAGAGAAAGCAUCCCAUAGCAGGUCUGUCGGUAAGACCCAAAUGAAUGAGCAAUCUUCUCGGAGCCAUUUUGUGUUCACUCUAAAGAUAUUUGGAUCAAAUGAGAGUACCGGCCAACAAGUACAAGGUGUCCUUAACUUGAUUGAUUUAGCUGGGAGUGAGCGUCUUGCUAAAAGUGGUUCAACGGGUGAUCGCUUGAAAGAAACUCAGGCAAUCAAUAAAAGCCUGUCAGCCCUUAGCGAUGUCAUCUUUGCAAUCGCGAAAAACGAUGACCAUGUGCCCUUCAGGAACUCGAAACUUACAUACCUCUUGCAGCCUUGCCUCGGCGGAGACUCGAAGACGCUCAUGUUCGUCAACAUCUCGCCAGAGGCAUCGUCAGUGGGGGAGACGAUCUGUUCUCUGCGGUUUGCCUCGAGGGUGAACGCCUGCGAGAUCGGGGUACCAAGACGGCACACACAGGCCCGAUCCUUUGAUUCCAGGCUGAGCUACGGGUGAAAGUUCCAUUCCACAAAUGGCCCUUGCCAUAACGUGUGAUGAUAACAUAAAUGAGUUAGCUUUCAUUGGCUCACUUGGCCACACAAAGCUGACGACGAUUGCGCGGCUGGUGCCUCUUCUUAGCAACAUGUACAGUAAGUAGGGAGAGAUCGGAGAGAGAUAUGCAUAUGCAAGCGCCGGGGAUGUUGGCUGUGAGCAGGAGAAUAGAGAGGCAGAGAGAUAUAAAGCCUGGAUAUGGAUGAUUCCUGCCCCGGUUGUUUGAAUCAUUUUUUUUGUUGUAGCUGAUUGGAGUAAUAAUGUUUAACUGUAUUCUUCUCGGAGAAAAGGAAGAAGCAGAACCAAACGAGUGUAUCUUCUUCAGCUGCUGCUGCUGAUAUUACAUCAUAUGCUCAUACGGUGCAGUGCACGUAA